ACUGGCAUUGAUUGCAUGACUCGUGCAGCAUACAUUGCGGGGCCACCCACCCCAAUGGUAUCGGUACCUGGGUGCUUCGACAAUUGAUCGUGUCAAUUCCGCCGAUUGAAAAUAUUUUCUGGGCUGACAGUGGACGACACCUGAUAACGGUAGACUAAGCGCGAUGAAUCCUUGCCGAAUGGUCUCGGCGCCGUCAUUCACGGCAGAGAGCACAUAGCGACCUUCCUAAUUUCGACAAGAGCUAUACUGCUAUCAACCUCAGUAGCAUGAAAUCGGCGUUAUUUGCUGAACUUGUAUAAAGGUCAGUUGUAUCUCGCGGCUGUUGUGAUCGGAUUGUUGGACGUCUCUUCUAAUCCACCGCGAUGCAGUUCCUCACUCCAUUUCUCACUGUCUCUACAGUGUUCACGAGCGCAGCUUAUGCUCUCAAUUUCACGGGCGAUAUUCUCAAUGGUAUUCCGGUCAUUUCCGCGCUGAAUCUCGCCGAUGUGCCUGCUCAAAAUGUAUCGAGAUACUUUUUGAGGGUCGGUGACUUGAAUGGUGGAUUGGCGGUCCAUGUGCCCGUUUUUGUUGCCAGGGGACCAGCAGACACUCUACAGACUGGCAAAAGGCUCUCUCUAUCGGCAGCCAUCCACGGCGACGAGCUCAAUGGCAUAAGGGUGAUGCAGAAGAUGUAUGAACAGUUGAAGGGACAGGUCGACACCCUCAACGGAACUGUUAUCGGAAUACCGACCGUAAAUCCCAUUGGGAUCUACUUGAACCAGCGGAAUUACUUCACAUCCCACAACAGUGGUUUUUUGACGAAUGUCAAUCGAGUCUUCCCUGGUUCACUCCCGUCUGAAGGUGGCAACGGCGCCAACUUUCUCGCGUAUCAAAUCUGGAACAACGUGUGGGGGAACACAUCCCAGGUAGACGUUGGGAUUGAUCUACACACUCCAAGCUCCGGCGGUCUUACGUCUCUCUGGUGCUAUGCCGACUGGAGACUCGAAUAUGUAGGGCGGCUCUCCAAGCUUCUCCAGCCCGAUACCCUCAAGGUUGACCCCGGGGAGCCUGGGAGUAUCGAGACGACCUAUGUGGAUAACAAGAUUCCCGCCAUUACGGUGGAGAUGGGUCAAGCCAAAGUUUGGAACGAGACAUUAAUCGAAAGGGUGUACGACUUCAUAAAUCGCGUAAUGGUAGACCUUCAAAUCACACCAUCCAACUCCAGCGAGCGCUACGAGCCGGACCUGAGCAAGACAUACAUUGCCAACACCUUCCAUGACUCAUACUCGAGCCACGGUGGAUUCGUGGAGCGAUUGGUACAAGUAGAUGAGCCGGUCACGAAGGGACAGCCAAUUGCGCAUGUUCGGAACGUGUUUGGAGAUAUCCUGGAGACUAUUCUUUCGCCGGAGACGGGUAGAAUGUUCCAAGCACCCGGAGAUCCCAGCAUCGAGCCUGGAGCUAGCGUUGGUCAGAUAGCAUACAACAGCACUGAUCCUGAGUGUGCGGACGGCUGCAUCUUGUAG